AUGCCGUCGACGAGGCAGCUGCGCACGCUCGUCGUCGGCGUCAUCAUCGGCGUCGUCUUCGUCCUCUUCUACACGUCCCACCUGCGCCAGCACGAGGUGCGCGACGGCCGCACGCUCCAGGACUUUUACCACAAGACGGUCAGCGGGCUCGACAAGAAGCCCGCCGGCGCCGGCUCCGCGGCCGGCGCCCAGGCCGUCAUCAAGGACAAGGACGGCGACGGCAACAUUGACGCCGACGACGAGAAGCUCGCCCAGGACAUGGCCGACCGCCUCAAGGAGGCCGCCGUCAAGGCCAAGGAGGCCGCCAACAAGAAGGCGCCCCUGCGGCCCGACGACCCCAGCGAUAUUGUCGGCAUUGGCAACUCGGCCGCUGGCCAGAAGAAGGACGCGGCCGCCGCCGGCGCCAAGGACGUCGAGAAGAAGCAGGCGCCCGCCAAGGAGACGGACGAGGAGCACGCCGUCGAGGUCGAGGUGAAUGCCAUUCUCAAAAAAUCACCAGGCAUGUUCCCUUCACCUAAAAAGCACGCCAUUGAAUCCCGCACCUACGUCGUUGAGCUCGCCGCACACCCCAUCGGCAAGGCGCUGCAGGAUUUCCUCGCCGCCAAGACGGGCCGCUCGACCGUGCCGAACGUGCUCAUCAACAGCGUCAGCAUUGGCGGCUUUGACGACGUGCGCGACCUGGACGAGCAGCAGAAGCUCGUCGCCAAGAUUAUUGACCUCGGACAGAAAAAGGUCACCAUGGUCCAGCGGGCGGCGGGCGCGGCCGGACUCAAGUCAUCGUAG